UUUUUUCUUUUUUCUGUUCCUUUUCUUCAUUUAUUUAUUCACCUGUAAUCAAUAUACGUGUACAUAUUUACUUUUAUAUAUAAUUGUGUACGUAUACUAUAUAUACAUAUACAUUAAUAUAUAUAUAUAGAUAUAUAUAUAUGAAUUAUAAUAUACAUCAAUCAUUCCCUUGUCUCUUCUUUCAUCACUUGACUUGGAUAGACCGAAACCGAUGACCAACUUACCAGAAGAUAAUACCUCUAUACCAUCUCAAGUCACCAAUUAUACUAAUCUUAUUUCUUCAACUUCUCCCUUUUAUUCCAACUUUCACCAUCCUUUUGAUUAUCAAGAUACACAACAACAAGGAUCUACUACUUCUCACAGAAUGCAAUCAAUUGUAUCCCCUCUAGGUUAUUUACCCAACGUAUUAUUGUCAUAUCAAUCUGCUUCUUUGGACGAUAAUAACAAUCAUGACCUUACAACUUCGAAUUACAAUAAUUAUACCACUGUCUCGAAUUAUACCACUCCGCCCAUGAUUUCAACUAAAAACUCCUUUUGGCAAUCGACUUCUUCUCAUCGAACUAUCGACAGUGUAACAAUACUUAACAAUCCAACAGUUAAAAUCAAUAAUAUGAAUCAUGCUGAACGUGGUAUUGCUGGUUUUGUCUCCAAAUUAUAUCAAUGUUUACAAGCACCAGAUAAUGGACACAAAUAUGCAAGAUGGUGUCUGCACGAUGAUAAAGAUAUGUUUGUGAUCGAUUGUAUUCCAAGAUUUACUGAAGAAGUGUUACCAAGAUUAUUCAAACAUUGCAAAUUCCCAUCAUUUGUUCGUCAACUCAAUAUAUAUGGAUUCCAACGGGAUACUGAUGCAAGAAAAUCAAAGGAUACCAAAGAUAAAGAAACAUGCCGAUGGUAUCAUCCUUAUUUUCGUCCUGGCCGACGCGACUUAUUCCAUUUGAUUAGACGAAAAUCAACUCAACAUUCAAGGCGAAAACGUAUUCCGAUGGUCGAGCAAGAUUCGGAAACUAUUCUUACCAUGGAUUCGGGGGAAGAUGACUCUGAUAGUGACGACAAAUGUAACCAAAGACGGCUCUCAUCGGUAUCAAGCUCCUUGUCAAACUCAAUUAUACAACAAGAUUAUUCAUUUCCCUCGUCAUUACUAGAACAACAACAUCAAUUACAAGGCGAACUUAUCCAAGAUGAAAAUCUCAUUCAUCAUCCACCAUUACCAUCUAAUGACACGCAGGAGGGUUCUACAACAAUAUCAACAAGGAUGUCACAUACUAGGAGUGACGAUGAAGUCACCAAAUGUAUCUCUCAACAUGAUGACUAUAUCAAGCAAACUUAUCUCGCCUCCAACUUUAUUGAAGAAAAAACAACAACAAUAAAUGAUGAUCUCACCAAGGAGCAACAAUUACAACAACAAUUACGGCAACUUCAAAACAGCUAUAACAACGAUCGUGAAUUUUUUACCAAGCAGAUACGUCUUGCGUAUGCUCAUAUUGAAGAGCAACGAGUUCAUAUUGCGCAGCUGGAAGCGAUCUCGGCACAUCGACAAUAUCAACACGGCAAACAACAACAACAACAACAACAACAACAACAACAACAUCGUCAUCAUCAUCUUCGUCAUAACCAUCAUAACCUUCAACAGCAACAUCAGCAAGAGCAUGAGCAAGUACGACAGCAACAACGACAUGAAGAAGAAAAAGAAGAAUAUGAUCAGCAGCAACAGCAAGAACAACAGCAUAAUCAGCAGCACCAAGCGAACCACCAAUACCAUCAGCAACAACAGCAACACUCGACGUCAUUUGACGCUACGAUUAUGACACCAUCAAUUAACAAUAUACAAGAAAAACCGAUUUACAAUGGGCUUGGAAAUCUGGUAGAUUUGAAGGCCGAACCGAAUCAUCAACAUAUGUACACUCAAGGUAAGUUCAUCAAGCUAUAUAUACAACAAUAUUGUCUUCUCCUCUCUCAUUUUAUUCAUUUUUUUUUUUCGUCACAUUUGAUCGAUAGAAAUCUUUGGAUAUCGGUCUCCACCUUGAAAACAGCAAAUCAUCUUCACCCGGAUUAUUUUGAAUCUUUUCAUUCCACAUUGCACAUUACCUUAUAGUCAUCUUUUUACAUCCUUGUUGUGUCCUAGUUUUUUGUUCUUAUCAUCUGCAUUCAUUCACCUCCAUUAUAUCCUAUCUCUUCAAGUUUUUAUUUAAAGUUAUAGUGUUUUUAUCUUCUUACCUCAAAAUAAACGACAUAUUAUGCAUAUU